UUUUAUGCUUGUAUAAUGGAAAGUUUGAUAUGAAUGGUCAAUCUGGGAGGCCCUCCGGUGUUUUGUCUGACGUGAUGUUAACUUACGCCCGUCGAACAUUACGCCCGUUGUCGAACAUUACGCCCGUCGACCAUUACGCCCGUCGAACAUUACGCCCGUCGACCAUUACGCCCGUCGAACAUUACGCCCGUCGACCAUUACGCCCGUUGUCGAACAUUACGCCCGUCGAACAUUACGCCCGUCGAACAUUACGCCCGUCGAACAUUACGCCCGUCGUCGAACAUUACGCCCGUCGUCGAACAUUACGCCCGUCGUCGAACAUUACGCCCGUCGUCGAACAUUACGCCCGUCGACCAUUACGCCCGUUGACCAUUACGCCCGUUGACCAUUACGCCUCGAACAUUACGCCCGUCAUAUUAUUAUUAUUGAUUGAUUGAUUGAUUUAUUCAUAGACUGUCCCAGCCGCCCUCAGGCAGCUAUGCAGCGCACUACUAUACAUACAGGAGUUUCUGCUCUUUUCCUUGGAAAUUCAG